GCUGCUGCAGAAGGAGGAGGGUGACGAUGAUGAGAAGUAGGAGGAGAGAUGGGACGCGCCUGAUGCUGAUGCUGGUACGUGACAGUGGUCGACAUCUGAAAACGUUGGAGCAUCUCACCGCUGAUUUAAUUCGUUUUUUUGGCUAUUUUGUAGACAUGUUUUUCUGCUAGGUGGUUGUUGUUUUUUGGAUGAGGGAUGAUCGUCUCGGUGUUCGGCUGGCCUUCUUGAGGGAAAGGGACACAGGUGGAUUCUCGUUUGCCGCAAAACGCCAAAUGUAGAUAUCACCUUGGGCUGGCAAAUAAGUGACGACCUCCGCAGCUACAUCGUAUAUCAAGCGACAUCCACACCGACCUUUGGGCGACACCAACAAGGACUUAGAAGACGAGCGGACUGUUUGGCCUGUUAGCGAGCUAAUAGGCUAAUUUGGCUAGCUAGCUAGACGUUUAGCCAAUGGACAGGGAGCUCGGGAUGCUGGAAGGAGGAGUUUGAAGGCUAGUUGCGGGAAUACGUUCUUUUGAGGAGAAGCGUUUGGCUUGCAAAUAAACGCCGAAAGGAGAGGAUUAUAAUUUUACAUCGUCUUGUUGGAUUCUUCUCCCGCGAACGGUUUCUUCUUAUUGCUGUUUACUUGCAUACUAAUUAGCUCGGUAGGGAUGAAUCAGCUAAGUAGGCUAAUGUUUACAAACAGUUGUGUCUUCAUUUAACUCGCAUUUAUUUUGCCCUCUUUGCUAGCUUUCUGACUAGAUAUUAAAGUGUGUUUGGGUCGAAUAAAUAUCGAACCACCAAGUGUUGACUGAUAUUUAAGUAUGGUUUAAAAUGGAUUGGCUAAUACGUUGGCAAACAUUUAGGUUAAACGGGAUUUACAGUCCGUGAAGUUUAGCCAUUUUCUCCCAUUGAGAAACAAGCUGGCAUUUUCACCCAUAAUAUACACGAAUUUACACACGUUAUUUAGAAUAUGGCAGUUAGGUUGCAAGACUGGAUUUUGAAGAACCCGGUGAGAUAAGGUAGCGAAACAGAAAUGGAACCCACAGUAGUGUCUAGCCCUUUGGGGCAUUCACAGCAAGCAUUUCCUCUUGGAUUUCUCACCUUGGAUUCAGAGAAUGGAGGUGUCCUUUGUCCAAACAAUACUGAUCAGACAGGUUUGCAUUUUGGAGACCAGAACCUGACAGCCCAACCAAGCGACAAGCAGGACAAACCAGUCGAGUUAAAUCAACUUUUAUACAUUUCUGAUUAUCCCUGUGGAGAUUUGUUUUUUGACGGACGUCAUUCACCUGAUUUACAAGGAGAGACAUUGCCUCACUCGGAAAGAAACAAGGAACCCGAUGAAGCUAAUGAAUUCACACUCUCGUGGCUGUUUUCUCCCAACCUCACUGAUGUGGUCGGGAAAAACUUUGCAUUAGAGGAGGCCUCUCUCAGGGGCAGCGAUCUCCUCGCUGAACAGACUGACAGUAGCGGUACCACAGUUUGUUCGCAAUUAAAUUGGAAUUGUGAUACAAACCCAGGAGAGUCACUUAUUUCCCUAGAUCUCCCACACAAUCAGGCUCUUGCCACGUCAGAGUCUUCAGGUGUGUCACAUGAUGUCAAUGAAGCACCGUCACAGAAGGAGGGCAGGGUGAUUUUGUCAUGUGAAACUGGAGACAAAGGUUCAUUCCCAGAUCAAGUGACAUCUCUGUCGGUAAACAGUAGCUCAACGCUGCAAGAGCUACCCGACAGCAGCACGCCACGGACGUGUCUUCAAGGAUCUGUGCCUUUGAUGGAUUUGGAGUAUCCAGAUCCUGACAGAGCGCUGACACUUCACUGUGCUGGUGAACAGUUGGAUCUAUCAGAGGAUUCCCACGUGGAACAUGCAGGUCAAUUCAGGACUUUAGGGCAACGAAGCGAAGGUGACUCGUCUGUGAUUUCGUCACCCGAGGAUGCCUUCAUCCACGCUGACCUCAGGAGCUUUUCUGUGGAGAGUACGGCAAAAGAUUUGAUGGAAAAUGAAAUAAAAAAUGAAGCCAAUGAGGCAAUAGCAUUGGAUCUGUGCUUCAGUCCUGAUGAGGGACUUUGGAACUCGGAACCAAAGGAGGGAGUUGACGAUGACAUCGCUCCCAAUUUGGAAAACAGGGAAGAAACAUCUACCGAGGAGACUAAAUGGGCUAGUGAGCAAAGUGUGGACAAGGUUUCCCUCUCUAAAAUGGUGGGAGAUGACUCACUGCCGGUGGUUUCAGCUGCGAACACACAGGAGACGGAAUCCUCGCCACUUAAAACUGUAUUUGACGCUUUAGACCAGGAUGGAGAUGGCUUCGUUCGCAUUGAGGAGUUUAUGGAAUUUGCUGCCGCCUACGGGGCUGAUCAGGUAAAAGAUCUGACAAAGUUUCUGGACCCCAGCGGCCUUGGAGUCAUCAGCUUUGAAGACUUCCACAGAGGAAUUUCAGCGAUCAGCAAUGGAGGCCCAGAGCCACAGCUGUACAGUGCAAACUACAGUCCAGGGGACGGAGCCGUGGGAUGUCCUGAAGAAUAUGAUGAGCAAAAUGAGGUGACGGACAGUGCGUACCUCGGUUCAGAGAGUACCUACAGUGAAUGUGAGACCUUCACAGAUGAGGACACCGGUGCCCUUGUGCCCCCCGAGAUGCACGAGGAUGUGGACACGGACAGUGGUAUCGAGGCGGCGCUUCACGACCCUGAAGACGCCAUGAACAGGCUUUCACGCCAGGGCAGUGGAGGGCGUUCUAAGAUGCGUUCGCUUGCCUCACCGACCCUCUGUUUGAGGGACCUCAAUAUGUGGCCAUGCGCGAAGAGUCUGGGAAAAGGUUUCUCCCUCAACUCUGAACUGCACAAUCCCUCUGUGGUGACCGUCAUCAGUGGCGAGGAGGAGCACUUUGAAGAUUUCGGGGAGAGCAAUACCUCAGAGCUGCUGGUGGAGCACAAUGAGGAGGGCGUGGCCGACUCCCCACUGGUGCAGACACCUCAGCAGAUCAAUGUCUCCUCUCUGCUCUCUCCCAGCGCACCUGCUCCUUUCCCUGACUGCUUUCAGAGCUUCCUUAGAGAGGAGGCGCUGGACUUUUUCUGUAGCCAGUGUCACAAACAAAUAAGUCGCCUCGAGGACCUCUCCACUCGCCUCAAUUUCCUAGAGAUGACUAGUGCUGGCAAGAGACUGUCCAGCAAGAAGGUGGCAAGACAUCUUCUGCAGAACAGCUCAAUGACACUGGACACAGUGAGCGACUUGACACGUGACAUCCUGGAGCUGGCCGAUAAUGACAUCACAGAUAAGAUGCUGCUGCUCGAGAGGCGUGUGGCCGAGCUGGAGAAGGAGUCCGAAGCUUCGGGGGAGCAGCACGCUCGCCUGCGGCAGGAGAAUCUUCAUCUGGUGCACCGCGCCAACGCCUUGGAGGAGCAGUUGAAGGAGCAGGAGCUUCUCGCGGAUGAGCAGCUGCAGCACGAGACACGGCGUCACAAGGAGGCACUGAGCAAGAUGGAGAGAGAGAGGGGGAUGGAGGUGGAGAACUUGCAGACCAGAAUGCAGCAACUGGAUGAAGAGAACAGCGAGCUGAGGUCAUGUGUUCCUUGUUUACGAGCCAACAUUGAGAGAUUAGAGGAAGAGAAACAGAGGCUUGAAGAUGAAACAGACGUGAUGACCGACAGGUGGAAGGAGGAGAUGGAGUCCCGCCAGAAGAUGGCUGACAAACUGAGCUAUGAGCGUCAUCAGAACCAGAAAGAGAAGGAGAGCACACAGGAGCUGAUUGAGGACCUGCGCAAACAGCUUGAGCACUUGCAGUUAUACAAGCUGGAGGCCGAAGCAAAAAGGGGACGCACACCCGGUGCUGGACUGCAGGAGUACCAGACCCGCACCCGUGAAGCAGAACUGGAGCAAGAGAUCAAACGACUCAAACAGGACAACCGCAGCCUAAAGGAGCAGAAUGACGAGCUGAACGGCCAGAUCAUCAACCUGAGCAUCCAGGGAGCAAAGAACCUCAUGUCGGCCUCAUUUUCAGACUCUCUGGCAGCUGAAAUUAACUCUGUGUCCCGCUCUGAGUUAAUGGAGGCCAUCCACAAACAGGAGGAGAUCAACUACAGGCUCCAGGACUACAUUGAUAAAAUAAUAGUGGCCAUUAUGGAGUCCAACCCUUCUAUUCUUGAAGUCAAAUAGGCACCACAGUGACAUUUUUAUGAUAGAAAACAACAAUAACCCCUCUGAGAAAUACAAUUUGUGUGUGUGUGUGUGUGUAAUGCGCAAUGCACCUCAGGUUCUGGUGACUUCCAUGUUAUUGGCCAGAGGAACCCGAGGAACCCCUGCACUUCUCGAUGAAUGUUUGAAAUUUAACCACCCCCUUUCCCAGCCCUUAAGGUGUCACUCAAAGUGAAGGAUUAGGCAAUUGUAUACCUUGAAGGCCUUAAAAAUCAGAGGUGAUCACAUGUGUCCUGCAUAUAAUAAUACCGCACUUGCCUCACUUGCAACUGGAAUUGUCAGGCAGGAUGCUGACUCGUGUUGAAGAAGCUGUAUGAAGCACUGGUCAGUUUAUUUCUAGUCAACCCAAUUGAGGGACAUUUCUUGGAGUGGAGGAGGAAAAAUGCCCUGAGGGUUUUGUUUUUGUGUUUGAUGUGACCUCUUUUUUUGCCCUAAACGGUGGAAUUGUGUGGUCUAUAACUUGGAUCAUCUCAUUAUUAUUAUUUUACAAUGAAACAGAGUCCUGGAGCUCAGGUGGGCUACAGCCUGACUCCAAUCUUCUCUUGCUGAGUGAAAGAUAGUGUUUUUUUCUGCACAAGUGAAACUGUUAAGACUGAAAAUAUGUUUAACUGGUUAUAUGUGAAUAAUAUUAUAGUUGCACUAUUUUUUUUCUUAAAGGGAUUCAAUUGUAAAUGAAGAUGAAUAUACGUUGUGGGAUUUAACACACACUCAGGUGUGGGCUCAUACGACGACCAACCUAUGAGGCAAUCAUACAUGUGGAAAUAACACUUUUGCACGUCGUGCGAUAGCCAUGUAAUCAUCGACUUGCAUGGAACUUUAUUUCUUCGAGCAUCUUCUGCCCCCCCCCCCCCAACGUGUCGCACAAUACUGCACCGAUGCUCCACUCUUCAAGAACAAACGGACCAUGUACCUUAAGAAAUGGACACUCAUGGUGUAAGAGUCCAGCUUUGCUUUCUGCACAAAACAUUUCUUCACCUGCCACUCCAUGAAAUAUGGCCUUGGAUGUAAAUGACUUGUAAAGUUUUUUCUACACUCAUUCUAGAUUCUAGGUAUUUUUUUAGUCUUGAGGGGAACAACAACAAACAUUUUCUCAUCUUGAGGUGAGAGAAAUGACAAGGCUGCCUAUAUUCUCUAGCAUGUAGCGUGUACAGCACCAUCAUUUUCAUAACACAUAUUUAUUCAGCGUCCGAUACAAAGAUAACACUUUGUUUUGAAGCGGUUAUUUAAGUAACAAAUGUGUUUGGGGGGGGGGGGUGUUCAUAUCAUUUCAAAGGCUCAAUAGCAGUUUGUAAGUGAAGGUCUCUGCAUUCUUCUGUGUAUCGCUGUGACCACUCGAGGGUGUUUAUUAUAGAGCUUCUAGAGUCGUCUUCCUGUUUGGAGUCAGGUACUGCAUGGAAACACUGAUUUUCAUUGUACAGUUCAGUCUACUGAGUGAUUAUACCCUCUUACAACA